GCCAUAGCAAAACCACAACUGAGUUAGAAAGAGAGAUAGUAACAAAAACAUAAAAAUACAAAAACAAUGAACCAUUACCAACAAGACCAAAUGAUGCUCAUUUCUCAGCUCUUUCCUGCAAGUGCUCAUGCUUACACUGAUACAGUUUCUCAACAAGUGGAGAAGAAACCAAGACGCAGACGCACCAAGAAGAGUAAACCCGGAGAAAAUACCGCAAAUGAAAUGAACAAAAAGAGGAAACUUACUGAAAAACAAAUGAUUCUGUUGGAAGAACACUUUGGGAAUGAACACAAACUUGAGUCAGAGAGAAAAGAUAAACUCGCAAUGGAACUUGGUUUGGAUCCCAGACAAGUUGCUGUCUGGUUUCAAAACCGUCGAGCUCGCUGGAAGAACAAGAAACUCGAAGAAGAGUACACAAAUUUGAAGAAGUUUCAUGAAUCUACCAUGCUUGAAAAAUGCUUGCUUGAAACUGAGGUGUUGAAAUUGAGGGAACAGCUUUCUGAAGCUGAGAAGGAAAUUCAGAGGCUUCGAGAGCCUAAUGAAGUGGUUCCAACUAACAGUUCAAGUACUUCAUCAAUGUCUCAAUCAAUGGAAGUUGUGGAGCCACCACCAUUUUUUGAUGAAUUUGAAGUUGAUAAUGUAUAUAAUGAUAAUGUGUUUUUGAUGCCUUACUUCAAUGGCAUUGAAUGGACAUAUAUCUAGAAGGAAAAUAAAUAUUUAAAUAAUUUAGCAAUUGUAGAUAAUGUGAAUUAAUGAUAUAUCCUAAUAUGUAAAUUAAUUAGUAUUAAUUAAUUAGCUAGUGUGUUUAAUUUGACUAUGGUUUGGAAAUGUAUAACCAUUAUAACAUUAGUGAAUUUUAUUUUAACUCCAAA